GUAACUGCAGAAAUAAAGCCUGAAGCUAUGAGACGAAAGGCAAGUGCUUUAGAUUAGUUAUUUUUAAUCAGGGCUAAUUUGGAGGACUUGACAGCUGCUUCCCAUCCGUCUCAGUAACAAAAUGGCUGGGACUAGCAUACUCACAAGUUGCACCUUGGAAUGGGUUCAAGAUAAGGGUUUGUGCUCACCAGCAACAGUGACUGCCUUAACUAAUUUAGGAUACAAACAACUCACCACUAUCCAGCUACAUGCUUUUCCACAGUUAUUGGCCAAAUCCAAUACUUUCCUUCAUGCCCGUACAGGGUCUGGUAAAACAUUAGCAUUUUUGAUACCCACCAUAGAGAGAUUAAGAGCCAUGGGAUUCAAAAAGUCACAUGGUGUUGGAGCACUUAUAAUCACCCCUACAAGAGAAUUGGCACAGCAAAUAGCACUCGUCUUGAAACCUCUUGCAAAUGCACAUGGAUUUUCAUCUCUGACACUAAUUGGAGGAACAAAAUUGACUGGUGUGGAUUUGAAAAAUGGUGCUGCUUUUGUUGUAGGAACUCCUGGGAGACUGAGGGAGGCUCUGACAAGCUUUGACAACACCCGACUUCCAGUACACAACUUAAGGAUUCUAAUUUUAGAUGAAGCUGAUCGUCUGCUGGAUAAUGGCUCACACACUCAGCAUGUGCAUAAAAUCUUUUCUGCUCUUCCACAAGAAAAAGUUCAAAAGAUUCUAGUAAGUGCAACUGUGACGUCAAAGUGUAAAGAAGUCGCAAAGGAAGUCCUAAAAACAGACUUCUUGUAUAUUACUGCUGAAAAAGAAGCAUCAACAACAUCUGCACAAGUUAAACAAAACUAUUUGUCAGUGGGCACCAGCGAUAGAAUUUCAAUGCUCGUGACUGUGUUGCAGACAUUAAGAAAAAAGAAGAUUAUUGUGUUCUUCAAUUCCUGCCAUUCUGUCAAAUUUCACCAUGGUGUUUUGUCUCAUUUCAGUCUACCUGUUCUCUACUGUAUGGGUCAAGAGAAACAGGUUCGUCGUAGUAGUACGUAUACUAAGUUUCUUGAAAUGGAACGAGGAACCCUUCUAACAACAGGAAUGGCAGAGCGAGGAUGGGAUAUUCCAGGUAUCCAUUGGAUAAUUCAGUAUGAUCCUCCACACAAGCCUGAGGACUACAUUCAUCGCAUUGGUCGCACUGGUCGUGGGGAGAGUCAAGUUGGUCAGGCACUUCUUUUCUUGAGACCAGAGGAAAACCAAUUUAUUGAUGUUCUCAGGAAUCUGAAAGUGGAGCUUGAACAGUUGGAAUUUUGUGGAAAUUUAAAAGAUACACAAGAAAAGAUUGAUUCCCUUAUUUUGGAUAAUAUGGAAAUUCAACAGAUGGCAAAGAUGGCAUUCAAGAAGUUUGUUAGAGCUUACCAAUGUCAUAAGCUCAGGAAGAUAUUCAGUAUUCAUGCUUUAAACCUCCAUGAAGUGUGUAGAGAUUUUGGCUUUACAAAGCCUCCAAUGGAACUAGGUCAGUUAACUUAAUUACGGAUAUUAUUAAUCACGGAUAUUAUAUUUAAUUUUUGGCCGUGGUCCUUGACGAGUGACUCCUGUUAACACCACAUACUGCAUCCAUCACUGAGUCUGUAUUGUCACUUAUGAGAUAACAGCAAGGAGUGCAAGAGUAAACCACCUUAUUCUACCAUUCAUAUCUAGAAUACAAAGAUAUCCAUUGGUAUGAGGGUUGUCUCGGUGACACCAAUGAGUCUUAGGUCUGUGACCCUCUAAUAUCAGGAUUUGUGCAUCUGCAAGCACCUCACCAUGAAAAUGGACUCAGGAACCAUUCCAUGUUCACUACUUGCUCCACUUGAAUUAACAUUCCACUUAUCCACAGCAAUCAUCUUUGCUUGCUUCAUCUCUUAUUUCUGCUUUGGAGAUCAUAAGUGCAGAUUUUUUUUUUUUUUUUUUUUUUU